AUGCUCUGCGACAGAGCUGCUAAAUACGGCAAGGUUUCCUAUCACUGGCGCCUCUUCUUUGAGCUGAAAGUCGAGCCGAAGCCUAAUGUCAACUUCCAGAAAUCGGUGGAGUUACACGUUGCACUCAUCCGCGCGGCCAGCGGGCUCUCCAAUACGAUAGGCAUAAGUCGUGCCUACGGUCACACAUUACAUGAAUUCAAGCGCCUGGAGCUGCAACUUGCAAAGACGUUCACGUGGAAGUGGAUGUGCCCCAUUGAGUAG